AUGGACCACUUUGUGCCAGUUCCAGACGACGUUGAGGAUCAGCGGUACGCGAAGGAGGUUCUGUAUGCCCAUGUGACGGCGCGGUCCAUUCAAGUGUGCGCGGGUCUGGCAACAGUCGGAACACUCGCGUCGGCACCCUUUGUCAAGAGCAAGACAGUGUCGCUGACCACUCGUGUUCUCACCAACAACAGCCGUGCUGUAUUGCUGGGACUUGUCGCGGGUCCCGUUAUGACGUUUGGUCGCAUGCAAGGUCAAGCGGCGAUCGAUUGGCAAGACCGGACGUGGCGAUUGCUGCAAAACCCUGGGCAGAACAACGCUGACAUUGGGUUUGUUGUGGGGUCCGUCGUCGGUGGGCUUGGUGCCGCGGCUGCGUCGAGCGUGCCAGGUGUGGCCGCGUUCGUUCCUAAAGGCACAGAAUAG